UACUUCCCCUUAUCGAUACACUCAACAUUUUACUUCAUUUCGGAAUAUAUAUCUGUAGUGGAAACACGUGGAUUAUUUUGUUAUGAAUUCUUUGUCUAAAAGUUCAGCUUAAUUAUAAGAUAUCAUGGAGUUAUUAAUUUAAAAUGUUUCAUUUGAAAUAUCCGCGUUUUCGCGGAUUUUUCGCCUGGGAUGAAUUGGGAUGUCUUUCAAGGGCCCUUGGGUUUCCAGUGGAUAUAUUCAAGAACAACCUUACAGAGGAGGUCAAUGCUGAAGAGAAUGGACUAUCCCUACAGGAGACCAUUAAAGUUCUGGACUACAAGCUGCUAUAUAAGGCAUUACACCUGACACAGAAUCUCCAUACAGCUGACUGGAACUGUUGUGUCUUCCGCAGAUGUGUUGGCUUCCUCGACUUCAGAGCUCUUAAAUAUGAAGACAUCAACAAUGCCAGGGUGGCUUAUCAAGCAUACGAAGCAGGUGACAUGAAAGGAAUGUUACUGAGUGAGCAUGUCCUCAUGAGGACUUUAAAGAUGUGCAAUAAAACAAUUUCACCAAUGAAGUUAAUGCACAGAAUCAAGCACAGCCAGAAUGGGUAUGAUGAACCAGGGAGGAUACAACUGUAUGAGUUUCUGGACCUUCUUCUAUGGGCUGAUGGUUACAAGGCAUACAUUCCAGAUGAAACAUAUGGACAUUUUGAAAUGGAAGAUGAACUUUUCAAGUUGACAGAUUUUGACAAGCUUCUAUCUCACCAUGAUCACAGAGUAGCCAAUCAUCUAGAUGCUCAGUAUCUGAAAGAAGAAUGGGAAUUCCCAGAGGUUAGAUACAAGGACACCAAGUUCAAAGAUGCGGCUGUGAUAUGUGGGGAUUCCAGAGUAGAAAUGGACACAUGUCUGUCUGACUAUUACUUACUAAGGAAAAUGUCCACGACAAACCACCAGAAACAAAGUUACCGUCAUCUGAGGUCGGAAGUAGGUCGCUCGGAGAAGACGGUACACUGUGCAAAAGGAGGCUUUGUUCGUGAACGACCUGUCACUGCACCAAAUAUCGGAAUGUAUAGUCGGCGAGAAAUUGAAGAAUUAAAGAGGAAGCAGUCAAUGCGCGCACAGAGCGCCAUCUACCAGAAGCUACAGGGGCUUCUUAGACAUGCCUAUCAUAGUAAAAGUAAAAAUAAAGGUAUAGAACCAGUCGAUAUGUCAGACAGGCCAGUAUUAGCAGACUACAAACCUAGUCAAAUACCACAAGUUGUGUCCGAGUCUGAUCUAAAGGAAACUGUCGAACACUGGGAACAACUUCUCUUUGACAUUGAAACAGAGGAAGGAAGAUACGAGAUUGCCAUGGAUACAGAGAUGGAACAUUAUAUUCCAAAUUUCAAACAGAGAAAAGAAGAAAUGGGGAGAGCAAAGACAGCACAGUCACAAGCAGCUCCUCACAUCAGAAAGAAAAAGUCAGCUUCCCCCAGUAGACAGAAGAACCGAUACGAGGAUUCAGUCAGUGCCCUUGCCUACCCGACUCCAAGACUCCCACCGUCACAUUCUAGGAAAUGUGACGCAAGAGAAAAAUUGGAAAGGUUACAAAAUAUGUUCCGAGGUUGGUAUGCAGCCCGUUCAAAGAAAGGUCCACACUAUGUCCUUAUGUCUCCAUAUUUCCACGAUUCUCCAAAGGGUCAGCUGUUCCGAAAACUUGCACAGAUGUCUGAUGAAGAAGUCAAGAAUAUCCAUGGAAAUUUCCUCUACCGAAAAACAAAAUCGAGUGAAAUUGACCAGCGUCCAGUUACCGCCCCUGCUGUCAUGACGAUGGAAGAAUACAGGGUGAAAAUGGAACAGAACGCUGCAUUGUUAAAGGGUCGUGACUCAAGGAAUUCUAGAGUGUCAUCUGGUUAUGGAAGUACAGAUGACAACAUAGAAAAAGAUUUGCCUACACCUACCUCAAAACUGCACGUGGAUUUUAAAACUGAAGAAAAAUAUGAAGGCAUUCAAGAAAACGAAAAAGUGAACAGUCCCGUUCCAGCUGAAAAUGAAGAUGUGUUUGAAAAUAUGAAUGAAUCUAGGGAUAGUUUUGAAAGUGACAAAAUUAAAAUGAUGGCUGCUGAAAAACAAACAGGAAAAGCAGGAAGACCGAGAGCAAUAUCAGCUUAUGAACAGAGACAAGAUAAGUUAAAAAGUAGCGGAGAUGAAGUGUACCUAAGGGGACAGGAAGGGCGUUAUCCAAGAUCUAAAUCAGCUGCAGGUGAUAAUCGAACUGAAGCUAUUGAAGAUGUGGCCCCAAUGCCAUAUAUGGACCAUAGUAAACCAAAAAUUGUUUCAGUUGGUAGCAUUGGAAAGAUAUCUCUCCUAGAAAGCAUAUCUGAAGCAAAAUUCUGGGAAGACUUGGCAUUAGAACAACAAAGGGAAAAGAACAAACAGAGUUCUGAAAUCGUAACCAAGUCAGAAAAAGAAGACAGCGGUACUGAAAGUAUAGGAGAUGAAGCUGCAGAUGAUGUGUAUAUUGAAGAGAAAAUUUCUAGUCACUCAAAGAAGAACAAUAAUAAUAGUAAAAUAAAAUCCGAUCAAAACAUUGGAGAAAGUGAUAUUCUUUCCUUGAUUUUAGAAGACGAGAAAAAUCGAAGAAAAAGGCAGAGGAGCUACCAGAAAAAGUCAAGGUUUGAUUAUUCCACAGUUAAGUCAUGGAGUACAGGGUCUGGCAGUUCCAGGGCUUCAAGGAUUGGUUCCUCUAACAGCAGAAGUUCUGCCUCCUCCAGAUCAAGAAGUGGAACACCUGGAGAAAAUGUGAAAGAACAUUGUUCCUCACCAGAUGCACACAAGACUGAAAGUUCAGACCAAAAUACUAAUCAAGUACCUCUAAAAUCUGAAGACAAAACUUCUACUGUUAAAAAAAGAGUUGUUGUGAAGGAUCAUCAGGAAACAAGCAGAGCUAGAAUGAAACCUGCAGCCAGUAAAUAUGAUCGAUUAGUAAAAAGAUUGGGAGAUGAUAUCUCACCAUAUAUGAGACAGCAAAUGUUGAAAAUGUCUGCUUGAUUCUUGAUGAGAGAAGGAUAUGUAUGGUUCACUGCCAACUAUUUGAUAGCUUUGUUUUUUUCAUGAGAUAUUAAUGAAAUUCAUAAGUCACUGAAUUAAAUUUAAUGCUGUAAGAAGAAUACUUUCAGCUGUAUUCCCCAGUGCAAAUGUUCCCCAAGGGAUGUUGCAUUUUGCAAAGCAGGGGCAGUUUUAAGGGAUAAAAAAAAUAAGAGACAUCUAUUAGGGGAUGUGUUUAUACAGGAAAAUGUGAUGUAUUCUAUUUGUACAGUCUCUGAUUUUAAAAAAAGCAAAUGUUUGCAUCACAGAGUCUAAGAAACUAGUGCAUAUUUAUGUAGAUAUGAAAACCAGAAUCAGUGCAUCUGGAUGGCUUUUUCAUAAUAAUUAAAUGGAUCACCUGGCAAAAUUAGAAUUUUAUAUUUUCCAUGAAAAACAACAUAAGGUAUGAAAUACUAUUGUGUAUAAAUUUCUGAUGAAAAAUAGACAGAUUGGAUAGGUUCUUUUAUUUCUACCAAUGUGUAAAUUUCGUAUCAAUAAUCAUGUACACUAUAAUAUAAAUGCAUAAUCUGUAGUACUGCAGAAUUAUAUUUUUCCUAAAUUAUAUGAACUUAUUUGGAUGACAUUCAUUAAUCUAUGACUUAUGUUAUAUUCAUUUUCAAGCUGCACAUUUUUUGUCCACUACCAUAGGGCUUUCAUCUGAUUGUCCCAAUUUAAUAUUUUUUGAAAAUUUUGCUGUGAUUCCUAAAUCUUGUAUAACUCUGCUAUGUUUACUUUAGUCAGAAGUGAAACUUGUAUUCCUAAAUCAGACAGUUUUCCCUCUCCUCAAAAAAUCUCUGUCCACUUUCUUAAACAGAAUUGAAAUUUAUCUUUUGCAAGGAAUUAAUGGUAUUUUUUGGUUAACUAGAUUUUUUGUUGUUUUAUUGUAUUUUUUGCAGAUUGCUUGUUAUUUUUAAUGGGCUUCGAUUCUUGAAAAACUUGUUUAGUUUCUCAAGUAUCUGACAAAUUGCCAGUAUCAUAAUUCAUAAAGUUCUAUUUCAUUUCAUUUGUAAGAUUUCAAUGCCUCAUCAGUAACAAUAAAUUGUUGCUAGCUACAUUCUUGACAACUGAUUUAUGGCAAUUUUCCUUUGUUUUUGUAAUCUCUACAAACGUAAGAGAAGCCAAAUAAGUGAUAAAUUUUCUAUUUCAGCUUUAGUAUAUAAUGAUUUAUUUCUUUCAAUGGUAUUUUUUUAUUUUUGUUUGUCUAUGUUUGGGUGCUAUUAUAUAAUAUCUGUGAUACAUCUAGGUCUUCAUGUUGUUGGUUUGCCAAUAAAAAAAAGGCAUAAGAAGUCAUUCUGUAUUUACUUUAAAAUGUGAAAACAAGAGAUUUUUAGUAAAACUGAUAUUGUAUAUAGAAUAUGGUCAUGUUAAGAGCAGAAUUUAUUCACCUUUUUCAUCUUCAUGACACACACCUUAGACUUAGCAUGCUGGACAUGAUUAUGUCUCCCCCAGGAGACAUAUUGUUUUUGCCCUGUCCGUCCGUCCGUCCGUCUGUCCGUCCGUCCGUACGUCACACUUCAUUUCCGAGCAAUAACUGGAGAACCAUUUGACCUAGAACCUUCAAACUUCAUAGGGUUGUAGGGCUGCUGGAGUAGACGACCCCUAUUGUUUUUGGGGUCACUCCUUCAAAGGUCAAGGUCACAGGGGCCUGAACAUUGAAAACCAUUUCCGAUCAAUAACUAGAGAACCACUUGACACAGAAUGUUGAAACUUCAUAGGAUGAUUGGCCAUGAAGAGUAGAUGACCCCUAUUGAUUUUGGGGUCACUCCAUCAAAGGGCCUGAACAUUGAAAACCAUUUCCAAUCAAUAACUAGAGAACCACUUGACCCAGAAUGUUGAAACUUCAUAGGAUGAUUGGUCAUGAAGAGUAGAUGACCCUUAUUGAUUUUUGGGUCACUCCGUCAAAGGUCAAGGUCACAGGGGCCUGAACAUUGAAAACCAUUUCCGAUCAAUAACUAGAGAACCACUUGACACAGAAUGUUGAAACUUCAUAGGAUGAUUGAUCAUGAAGAGUAGAUGACCCCUAUUGAUUUUGGGGUCACUCCGUCAAAGGUCAAGGUCACAGGGGCCUGAACAUUGAAAACCAUUUCCGAUCAAUAACUAGAGAACCACUUGACCCAGAAUGUUGAAACUUCAUAGGAUGAUUGUACAUGCAAAGUAGAUGACUUCUAUCGAUUUUGGGGUCACUCCAUUAAAGGUCAAGGUCACAGGGGCCUGAACAUUGAAAACCAUUUCCGGUCAGUAACUUGAGAACCACUUGACCCAGAAUGUUGAAACUUAAUAGGAUGAUUGGUCAUGCAGAGUAGAUGACCCCUAACGAUUUUGGGGUCACUCUGUUAAAGGUCAAGGCCACAGGGGCCUGAACAUGGAAAACCAUUUCCAAUCAAUAACUUGAGAUCCACUUGACCAAGAAUGUUGAAACUUCAUAGGAUGAUUGUUCAUGCAGAGUAAAUGACCCCUAUUGUUUUUGGGGUCACUCCGUCAAAGGUCAGGGUCACAGAGGCCUGAACAUUGAUAACCAGUUCCUAUCAAUAACUUGAGAACCACUUGACCCAGAAUGUUGAAUCUUCAUAGGAUGAUUGGACAUGCAGAGUAGAUGACCCCUAUUUAUUUUGAGGUCACUUGAUCAAAGGUCAAGGUCACAGGAGCCUGAACAGUGACUUGAGAACCACUAGGCCAAGAGUGUUGAAAUUUAGCGGGUUGACUGGACAUGCCAAGUAGAUGAUCCCUAUUGCAGCCAACCAUCAGUGUCUCUUUGACUUUCGCUCCUGACCCCUAUUGACUUCUUGCCUAUAGGACUUUGCAUUGGGGGAGACAUGCGCUUUUUUACAAAAGCAUUUUCUAGUUAAUUCUGCCUUUGCGACCAGUGUAGAUCAUCAUUAGGUCAGCUUGCACAACCAUGCAGUCUGAUCAUGAUCUGCACUGUUCGCUAUUCAGCCAGUAUCUUUUUGGUAAGCACCCCUUUUAACAGUGAUGGUACUGUCCAAAUUGAAAGUUGGAGAAGUUUGUUAUAGAAAUUUAGCAGGGUAAGAGUUAAAAAGCUGGACAAAGUACAGGACUUGUUCUCAAGUAGAUCAUACAGCAGUUCAUUUAAAUACUUCACUUUCAAAGAUGUAUCUGUCUGUAAAUUUGUGUUGUAUCCUUGCGCAAGAUUUCAGUCACACACAAAUGCACCAAAAUUGCAGUUGAAAACCUACAUUGGACAUAGUCAAAACAAUAACAUUCACGGGGGACAGAUUUUCACACAUUCUGUGAUUGAGCAGAUGUAGAAGUUAAAUCCAAAAGAAUGCGUAAAAUACCAGUUCAUUUUAUGUUUAGAUGUUGGAUUCAUUUUCCCAGGAAGUAGCAAUUUUGGACAAAACCACAAAAUUUCAGGUUAAGCAAAAACCACAAUAUUUCAUGUUCACAAAAUUGAUUUUUUAUUGUUUUACUGCUUACCUUUAUACUCCUUAACAGACAUUAUGGAGAUAGAUUCCUGACCUUCAAAACCUAAAGACAACGUAAUGAAAGCUGUGUUUCAUUUCUGGAUACUGGUAUUUGGAUUUUGUGGAUCAACCUUGCAAAACACAAAAUUUCCAAUAAUUAAACCUUCAAAUCUAGGUCUUGGUUUGUUUCUAUGUUUAAAUGUAUGAAUAUAGAUGGAUAAAAUUCAUUACAGUUUCGAUAGGAAACUGCUUUCUGCUGGUUUUACUUUUUAAUCAAUGUAUUAUAUAUACUACAUGGAAGUUUAUGUGACCUGCAAGUUUGACAAUGUGUGAUAGAUGCUUAGCAACCUGUUAAAUGUACCAGUAUGUGUACGGUUACUAACAAGUUCUAGAGAAUGUGUGAAUACUGUAGGCGAUUUGCCAAUCCCAAUUUGUUCAUUAUUUAUACCUAUUGCAUGUCUCCCUGCAUGAUCUCACUGUUCCUUAGUCUAACAAAAAAUCAUUUAAUAACUAGUCACUAUCUGUAAUUAGUACCAUUUCAUGUCAUACGGCGUGCUUUUUGUUGAAGAGUUUAUUUCAGUAACAUGUAAAUGACACUUUAAAUAUACAGUCAGAAGUAAGGUUGCCAUGGAGACCAUUUACCCUGUCUGGUGUAUAAACCUAGGAUUGCUGGAUUGCUUACAGGAUUGUGCUUCGGAAUUUGUUUCUGAUCCAAUUCUUGUUCCAUGAAAAUGUUGGUAAAACUGUGGUUUCUGUAUAGUACUAGUAUUUGACCUAGAUUUUUUCAUCCACUAUAACUCGGUAUCUAACUCGUCCAGGACUUGGACCAAAACUGUUUUUUACAGCAGAAGUUUGGAUGCCAGACAUCACAUUAACAACUUAUAUCUCACCGUAAAACUUCACUUCAGGUAAACUUAAAACCAAGUAACAGAGGAAGAACAUAGUAACAACUACAAAUAAACUGUUUUUAAAUAGCUUUAUUUAUCCAAAAGAUUGGGAUGACAUCAUAAAAACUGGAAAUGUGCAAGAAUACAAAAACUGUUACCAUACAAAGUUUAGCCACUAUUUGAAGUGCAUGUUGUAAAACUACAAGGCAAGUUAAAGACGAUCAAACAAUCUUUGGACAAGGUUUCAGCUUCUAUAAUUUUCUGAAAUAACAGAACUUUAUUCAGAUAACAAUCUCCAGACAUUGCAGAAAUACUGUCCCAGCAGGAGAAAAAACUUACAUGGAAAAUGAUUUUCCUCCAUUGGAAAGAGAUUCCAGGAUUUUUUUUUAAGUCCUAAAAAAGUUGUGAUUUCAAUUCUUGUAUGUGUAACAGUAAGUUUAGUAAAUCUCGUACGAAACUGUAAACGUCAAAUUUGUCGAAUUAAUCUAUCCACUUCUAGCUAUAUUGUGAACUCUACUUGUUUGAAACUUCUGAUAUACGUCUUAUUGAACAUGUAUAGGUAAACUGUGUGAACAUCCUAACAUUCUGAAAU